GGAGUCCUGAGCUCGUCGUGUCCCGGCCUCCAGCGGCGGCAGCGGCGACGGCGGCGGCAGCAGGAGGCGGAGGGAGAGCGGGAGCCACUGAGAUGAGGAGGCGUCGCGCGCGCCUGUAGCUCGCGGGCUUCGCAGAGACGAGGUUUCGCCAUGCCAGGCUGGUCUCAAACUCCUGGCUUCAAGUGAUCUACCCACCUUCGCUUCCCAAAAUGCUUGGAUUACAUCUGUGAGCCACUGUGCCUGGUCUCAUGUUUCCUUUCUUAGAAAGCUGCUGGAGGAUGUGUUCCACCAAAUACAAGGGAAUAAGUCAUGGAAGAGUGUGCUUGCCUAAACUGGAUUUGAAGCAAUUUAAACUACUGGAGAUCUGCCACUUUAUAAUAUCACUAUUGGAAAGAAGCAGAUUUUCAAAUAAUGGAAGAGUCUAAGACCAUAAAAAGUGAAAAACAUGAACCAAAGAAGAAUGUUAUUUGUGAAGAGAGCAAAGCAGUUCAAGUGAUAGCUAAUCAAAUGUUGAAAGCUAGAAAUGAUAAAUCCAUAAAAGAAAUUGGGAACAGCUCUCCAAACAGGAAUAGUAGUAAAAAAAUUAAGCAAAAUGAUAUGUGUAUAGAAAAAACAGAAGUUAAAUCAUGUAAAGUAAAUGCUGCCAACCUUCCUGGUCCUAAAGAUUUGGGGGUAGUCCUUCGAGAUCAAAGUCAUUGCAAAGCAAAAAAAUUUCCUAAUUCUCCGGUGAAAGCCGAAAAGGCACCCAGUUUACAGGCAAAAGUAGAAAAAUCACCUAAGUCACCUAAUUCAGUGAAAGCAGGAAAAGCAACCAGUUGUCAGAUGAAGUCAGAAAAUGCACUGAGUUCACCAGCGGAAGCAGAAAAGGGAUCCAGUUUACUGUUGAAAGACAUGAGACAGAAGACAGAAUUACAACAGAUUGGGGAAAAAAUUCCAAGCUCCUUUACUUCUGUGGACAAAGUGAAUAUUGAAGCUGUAGAGGGAGAAAAAUAUGCUCUGCAAAACUCACCACGAUCUCAGAAACAACAAACAUGUACAGAUAAUACUGGUGAUUCUGAUGAUAGUGCUUCAGGAAUUGAAGAUGUAUCGGACGAUUUGAAUAAGAUGAAGAAUGAUGAAUCUAAUAAAGAAAAUUCUUCAGAGAUGGACUAUUUAGAAAAUGCCACUGUGAUAGAUGAAUCUGCAUUGACACCUGAACAGAGGCUGGGGUUGAAACAAGCAGAAGAACGCUUAGAAAGAGAUCACAUCUUUCGACUUGAAAAACGAUCACCAGAAUAUACCAAUUGCCGGUAUCUGUGCAAACUUUGCUUAAUACACAUUGAAAAUAUCCAGGGAGCUCAUAAACAUAUAAAGGAGAAACGACAUAAGAAAAAUAUUUUGGAAAAACAAGAAGAAAGUGAGCUUCGUUCUCUGCCACCUCCUUCCCCUACCCACCUGGCUGCUUUAAGUGUUGCAGUCAUUGAAUUAGCAAAAGAACAUGGAAUAACAGAUGAUGAUCUCAGGGUUCGUCAGGAAAUUGUGGAGGAAAUGUCAAAGGUUAUAACGACAUUUUUACCAGAAUGUUCACUUAGGUUGUAUGGCUCGUCUCUGACUAAAUUUGCUCUGAAAAGUAGUGAUGUUAAUAUAGAUAUAAAAUUUCCUCCCAAGAUGAAUCAUCCAGAUCUUCUGAUAAAAGUACUUGGGAUCUUAAAGAAAAAUGUAUUAUAUGUAGAUGUGGAAUCUGAUUUUCACGCUAAAGUUCCUGUUGUGGUGUGCAGAGAUCGAAAAAGUGGUUUACUUUGUAGAGUGAGUGCAGGAAAUGACAUGGCAUGUCUCACUACUGAUUUACUUACUGCUCUUGGCAAAAUGGAACCUGUCUUUAUUCCAUUGGUGUUGGCCUUUCGCUACUGGGCUAAGUUGUGCUACAUUGACUCCCAAACUGAUGGUGGAAUCCCUUCUUACUGUUUUGCUUUAAUGGUGAUGUUUUUUCUACAACAGAGAAAACCCCCUCUUCUUCCUUGCUUACUUGGAAGUUGGAUUGAAGGCUUUGACCCAAAAAGAAUGGAUGACUUUCAGCUGAAGGGCAUAGUAGAAGAGAAGUUUGUGAAGUGGGAGUAUAAUUCAAGUAGUGCAACUGAGAAAAACUCAAUUGCUGAGGAAAACAAAGCUAAGGCAGACCAACCAAAAGAUGAUACCAAGAAGACAGAAACAGACAACCAAAGUAAUGCCAUGAAGGAAAAACAUGGCAAAUCUCCUUUAACAUUGGAAACACCAAAUCAGGUAUCCUUGGGACAGUUAUGGUUAGAGCUGCUAAAAUUUUACACACUGGAAUUUGCUUUGGAGGAAUAUGUCAUAUGUGUACGGAUACGAGAUAUUUUAACAAGAGAAAAUAAAAACUGGCCUAAAAGGCGAAUAGCCAUUGAAGAUCCAUUUUCAGUCAAGAGGAAUGUUGCACGGAGCUUAAACAGCCAGCUGGUUUACGAAUAUGUUGUGGAGAGAUUUAGGGCAGCUUAUCGGUAUUUUGCCUGUCCUCAGAGGAAGGGUGGAAAUAAGUCUACAGUGGACUUCAAGAAAAGAGAGAAGGGGAAAAUAAGCAGUAAGAAACCAGUUAAGUCUAACAACGUGGCAACCAAUGGUUGCAUUCUGCUUGGGGAAAGCACAGAAAAAAAAAAUGCAGAAAGAGAGCAACCUGUUAAAUAUGAUGAAAUGGAAUGUACAUCACAGAGAUGUAUUAUUGACAACAACAAUUUGUUGGUAAAUGAACUAGAUUUUGCUGACCAUGAACAGGAAUCUUCAUCUCUUUCUGCCAGCAAAAGCAGUGAAUUAGAGCCAAAAUCAGUUAAAAAACAAGAUCAUUUAGCGCCUUCAGAAACUUGUUUAAAAACAGAGCUCAACCAAUGUAAUUGCAUUCAUUUGUCUAAGUCCCCUGACCCAGAUAAAUCUACUGGAACAGACUGCAGGUCAAAUUUAGAAACAGAGAGUUCACAUCAGAGUGUGUGCACCGACAUACCUGCUACCUCUUGCAACUGCAAAGCUACAGAAGAUGCUUCUGACCUUAAUGAUGACGAUAACCUCUCCACCCAGGAAUUAUAUUAUGUGUUUGAUAAAUUUAUUUUAACCUCUGGCAAGCCACCAACGAUAGUAUGCAGCAUCUGCAAAAAGGAUGGCCAUUCAAAGAAUGAUUGCCCAGAGGAUUUCAGGAAAAUUGAUCUAAAACCUCUACCACCAAUGACAAACCGAUUUCGGGAAAUACUUGAUUUAGUAUGUAAAAGAUGUUUUGAUGAGUUAUCACCACCUUGUUCUGAACAACACAACAGGGAGCAAAUUUUAAUUGGCUUGGAAAAGUUUAUUCAAAAAGAAUAUGAUGAAAAGGCAAGAUUGUGCUUAUUUGGCUCUUCUAAGAAUGGAUUUGGAUUUCGUGAUAGUGAUCUGGAUAUUUGUAUGACCCUGGAAGGCCAUGAAAAUGCAGAGAAAUUAAAUUGUAAGGAAAUAAUUGAAAAUUUGGCAAAAAUUCUUAAGAGACAUCCAGGUUUGAGAAACAUUUUGCCUAUAACUACUGCUAAAGUGCCUAUAGUAAAAUUUGAACACAGACGAAGUGGGUUAGAAGGCGAUAUCAGUUUAUAUAAUACAUUGGCUCAACAUAACACAAGAAUGCUAGCUACUUAUGCAGCUAUUGAUCCUAGAGUGCAGUAUUUGGGAUAUACUAUGAAAGUGUUUGCUAAGCGAUGUGACAUUGGGGAUGCUUCCAGGGGAAGUUUAUCUUCAUAUGCAUAUAUCCUUAUGGUGCUGUACUUUCUGCAGCAGAGAAAGCCACCUGUUAUCCCAGUUCUACAAGAGAUCUUUGAUGGAAAACAGAUUCCACAGAGAAUGGUUGAUGGAUGGAAUGCUUUUUUCUUUGAUAAAACAGAAGAACUGAAAAAGCGUUUACCUUCACUUGGAAAGAAUACAGAAUCAUUAGGGGAGCUUUGGUUGGGACUGCUUCGUUUCUAUACUGAAGAGUUUGAUUUCAAGGAAUAUGUAAUUAGCAUUCGGCAGAAAAAGCUUUUGACAACUUUUGAGAAGCAGUGGACAUCCAAGUGCAUUGCAAUUGAAGACCCUUUUGACUUGAAUCAUAACCUUGGUGCUGGAGUUUCUAGAAAGAUGACCAAUUUCAUCAUGAAAGCAUUUAUCAAUGGAAGGAAACUUUUUGGUACCCCUUUUUAUCCACUCAUUGGCAGAGAAGCUGAGUACUUCUUUGAUUCCAGAGUAUUAACAGAUGGAGAACUCGCUCCCAAUGAUAGAUGUUGCCGUGUGUGUGGAAAAAUAGGCCACUACAUGAAAGACUGCCCUAAAAGGAAAAGCAGUUUACUGUUUAGACUAAAGAAGAAAGACAGUGAAGAAGAGAAGGAAGGGAAUGAAGAAGAGAAAGACUCCCGAGACACUGACUCCCGAGACCUCCACGAUACUCGAGACUUUAGAGACCCCAGAGACCUCAGAUGUUUUAUAUGUGGAGAUGCUGGACAUGUACGAAGGGAGUGCCCAGAGGUCAAGCUGGCCCGUCAGAGGAAUAGCAGUGUGGCAGCAGCCCAGCUGGUCCGCAACCUUGUAAAUGCUCAACAGGUGGCUGGUUCAGCUCAGCAGCAGGGUGAUCAGUCCGUAAGGACAAGACAGUCCUCAGAAUGUUCUGAAUCACCAUCUUACUCUCCUCAGCCUCAGCCAUUUCCACAGAACUCUUCCCAGUCAGCUGCUAUUACCCAGCCUUCCUCUCAGCCAGGAUCCCAACCUAAGCUUGGCCCACCUCAGCAGGGAGCUCAACCUCCCCAUCAGGUCCAGAUGCCACUGUAUAACUUUCCCCAGUCACCACCAACUCAGUAUUCUCCCAUGCACAAUAUGGGGUUGUUGCCUAUGCACCCUCUACAAAUCCCUGCUCCAUCCUGGCCCAUCCAUGGCCCAGUGAUCCACUCUGCACCAGGCAGUGCCCCCAACAAUAUUGGCCUGAAUGAUCCCAGCAUCAUCUUUGCACAGCCUGCUGCUAGACCUGUGGCAAUUCCUAAUACGUCUCAUGAUGGACACUGGCCGCGUACUGUGGCUCCAAAUUCCCUGGUGAACAGUGGUGCAGUGGGGAAUUCAGAGCCUGGCUUUCGAGGACUGACUCCUCCAAUUCCUUGGGAACAUGCACCACGUCCCCAUUUCCCCCUUGUCCCAGCUUCGUGGCCUUAUGGUUUGCAUCAAAACUUCAUGCAUCAGGGAAAUGCCCGAUUUCAGCCCAACAAACCUUUCUAUACUCAAGCUGGUCUACCGAUGCACAGCAACCAGCCAAUCCUGCUGUCUCAAGGGUAUCCGUACCUCAAUGUCAGUUACAUUCAGCAGAAAAAGUGACAUUUAAUGGAAAGCAAAACAAAUCAGGUCCUGAUUUAAAUUUUAACACAUUUAGAUAGCUUAUUUAAAUUCUAAGACUGUUUUUACAGACUGUAUUAUUUGUAUAUAAAUAUGAACUAUAGUUUUUACUAGUAUCACCAAAAUGAGUGAUACAAAUUUCAUCUAUUUUAUUACCCUAUUUUUAAGGGAAUUUUAUGUUUUGUUUAACCUUGAUGAAUUGUAUAAAGAGAGAAUUUAAAAAAUUACAUUCUUUAUUUUCUAUUAGCUGUAUUCAUACUUUGGUUGCUUCAGACUUUAUAUAUUGUUCUUAAGAGUUAGGAAAGAAUUUCAUGUGUUUUAAAUUUGUCACUUCUAUUCUUUACAGAACCUUGUAGUGCCAAAAACUUUUUAAAAGGUAAAAAAAAUAAAAUAAAAUUACAACAUGAAGAUUCAGUUUUUUUUCUUUUCCAUACUUGUAUAUUGAACAUUCAAACUUAACAGAAAGUUGAUUUUGUCUGUAUUUGAAGUACUUCUAUUUUAAGUUAAUAAAUCUUUUUGACAAGAGU